CUUGAAGGAACAGGUUCACAGUCUCACAUCCCCGGUUCGCCGUACAACGCAGAUCUCUAUUCCUCACACACUUUUUCCAAUGGCCUUCUAGCCUUUGGAAUAGAGGACUUGGUUCAGUGUAAUCCACUUAAUUUCAUCUUCUUCAAGCGAAGAAACAUUUCAAGGGAGAUUUGGCGUCUCUACUCUCUGAUCAGACAUUUCCUCCGUACCCGAUGACCACCAUUUUGGUGGAGCCAGGAACUCUCCUGAGAUGCCCAACCCAGCCGCUCACCUGCCUUUCUACUAUGGAAGCAUCUCUCGCUCAGAUGCCGAGGAACAUUUGAAGCUGGCAGGGAUGUCGGAUGGGCUUUUUCUACUCCGUCAAUGUCUCCGCAACUUGGGGGGCUACGUCCUCUCCGUGGUCCACAAACUCCAGUUCUACCAUUACCCUGUCGAGCGCCAGAUGAACGGGACCUUCGCCAUCUCUGGAGGGAAAUCCCACUGCGGGCCUGAAGAGCUCUGCGAAUUUUAUUCCAAGGAUGCGGACGGGCUUUGCUGCACCCUCCGGAAGCCCUGCAACCGUCCCAGCGGCAUGGAGCCCCAGCCAGGGAUCUUCGACAGCAUCCGGGAGAACAUGGUGCGCGAAUACAUUCGGCAGACGUGGCAGCUGGAGGGAGAACCGCUUGAGCUGGCCAUCAUAAGCCAAGCCCCGCAGGUGGAGAAGCUCCUGGCCACCACGGCCCAUGAGAAGAUGUCUUGGUUCCAUGGGGCCAUCUCCCGGCAGCAAGCCGAAAGCAGGCUCUAUUCCGGCACACAGCCUGAUGGGAAAUUCUUGUUGAGGCAAAGGAAGGAGAAAGGAUCUUACGCUCUGUCUCUGGUCUAUGGGAAGACGGUUUAUCACUACCGGAUCAUGCAGGACAAGGCUGGGAAAUACUCUGUGGAAGAAGGGAGCAAGUUCGACACGCUCUGGCAGCUAGUAGAAUAUCUCAAACUCAAACCAGACGGCUUGAUCUAUUAUUUAAAGGAAGGCACCCCAAAUCCUGAUACGCCAACAGCAUCUCCACCAGCUCUCCCUUCCGACUUGCCUCCUCGGAGAUUCACCUCCCAAAACUCUAACGGAUACACACCGGAGCCCAUUGGAGUCGGGAAAAAGUCUCGAAUCCUGCCCAUGGACACCUCGUGCUACGAAAGCCCAUACAGCGACCCCGAAGAGCUGAAGGAUCGGAAGCUAUUCCUCAAGAGGAGCAACCUGAUCGUGGACGAAGUGGAGCUGGGCGCGGGCAACUUUGGGAGCGUCAGGAAAGGGGUCUACAGAAUGAGAAAGAGGCAGAUCGAUGUGGCCAUCAAGAUGCUGAAAAGCGGCAAUGAAAAGGCAGACCGGGAUGACAUGAUGAAGGAGGCGCAAAUCAUGCACCAGCUUGAUAACCCCUACAUCGUUCGGGUGAUCGGUGUCUGCGAGGCGGAGGCCCUCAUGCUGGUGAUGGAGAUGGCGUCGGGGGGGCCCCUGAACAAAUUCUUAUACUCCAAAAAGGAUGAGAUUUCCGUCAAUAACGUGGUGGAGCUGAUGCACCAGGUGGCCAUUGGGAUGAAAUAUUUGGAAGAGAAGAACUUUGUCCAUCGCGACCUGGCGGCUCGAAACGUCCUGCUUGUCCAUCCGCACUACGCCAAGAUCAGCGAUUUUGGCCUUUCCAAGGCUUUGGCGGCAGACGACAGUUACUACCUGGCGAAGACCACUGGGAAAUGGCCGCUGAAAUGGUACGCACCAGAAUGCAUCCUGUUCCGGAAGUUCUCCAGCAAAGGCGACGUCUGGAGUUAUGGUGUGACCAUGUGGGAGGCCUUUAGCUAUGGACAGAAACCCUACAAGAAAAUGAAAGGUCCCGAAGUCGUGACAUUCAUCGAGGAAGGGAAGCGGAUGGAGUGUCCACCCAGGUGUCCUCCAGAGAUGUACAAACUGAUGAACCAAUGCUGGACGUUCAAGUUGGAAGACCGCCCGGAUUUUGCCACGGUGGAGACCCUGAUCCGCACCUAUUAUUACAGUAUUGCUGACAAGACGGAGGAAAAAUCAGAGGAGAGGGUUAAAAUCACACCUGCUUAGCCUUGGGCACCCUGAAACGGACAAAAAGACACACAAAGACUCCUGUAAAUGAUGCUUUCAGCCCUUGGAAAUGGAUGCAUCUGUAGUUCUUCAGAUCUCUGAAUGGCUUCUUCUGUCUCUCUGGAAGGAAAUGGUUGGUGCAAGAGUUGAGAUCAGCACUGCUGAUACUGUUUUAAACACACACACACACACACACACCAGUCAAGAUCCAACAUCAUUUCAGCAUAGUACAGAUAUCUUCCAGCAGAGUUACGCUGCAUAAAAACAAAGAGAAAUUUGGAUACGACAGGAUCAAACCUUUCUUUGUUGCUGUUGGUGUUUUCCCUGCAAAGAAAUGACUUUAAACUGUGGUCGGUCAUUUUUCUGUUUGCAUUUAUUGAUCAUAAGACAUCUUCUUUUUUUAAAAUACAUAUACAAAAAUAAAGGCAAAUCAUCAAUAUAUCCCUGAUGCAUUCUCUUGGAAACUGACUUGUAUCCAACCCUGUAAUUGCAGUUUGUGAGAGAGGGAGAAUGGUUUCAUUCUGAGCAACUUCAGUAUUUCUAACAGAAGAACAGCCUUGUUUUAA